AUGUUUCGGUGCGGUUUAUCAGACGCAGAAAUUGCGGAUUUGAUCAAUCAUAGCGACACUCUGGAUAAUGUAGAGAGUGAUUCAGACGAUUCUGAAUGCAAUGGUGUGUUUGAAGAAGACGAGAUUGAUGACAGUUUGUCUUCAGAUGAAGACGAGAAUGAUGUUGAAGGUGUUGCUUCAAAUCCAGCAGCUGUGCCGUAUCCGAAAGACAGUGAGUGGACUGCAGUUGACACCUACCGACCUCUGCCUGUCAACACGACACCCAGGCAGAUACUAGUGGAUAUUGAUGAGUCGAGUUCUGUACUGGAUUGCAGUAAAGUGUUCCUUACUGACAGUGACGUAAAUGAACUCAAGAGACAGACAAAUUUGUAUGCAUCACAGACAAUACAGAAGAAAAGAAGAGGAAAUAAUCUGAAGCCCCAUUCAGUUUUGAGUUCGUGGAAGCCAGUGACUAUAAGUGAGAUGAGGCGUUUCUUGGGUAUUAUUUUCCACAUGUGUGUUUCGAAAAAGCCAAAAAUUGCGGACCAUUGGAGCACUAAUCCUGUUCUUAGUUGUAACUUUUGUCCCCAUGUCAUGAGCCGUUUGCGUUUCACUCAGAUACUGUCAUGCUUGCAUCUUGUUGACAAUUCAAAUCAGAAAAAACCAGGCGAAGAUGGAUUUCAUCCACUUUACAAAGUUUUGCCAUAUUAUAAUAAUUUGAAGGAGCGAUGUAUCCAGGCAUAUCGUCCCUCAGAAAAAGUGACAAUUGAUGAAGGAAUUUGCCCAUUUCGAGGUCGUGUGAGUUUCCGUGUUUACAUGCAAAAUAAGCCUCAUAAGUAUGGACUGAAAGUAUAUGCUGUUGCUGAAGCCAGUAGUGGCUAUGUUGUAAAUUUUGAAGUUUAUGCUGGUAAGCAUAUUGUUGACAAUUCUUCGUCUGCGGUUAUUUUGCGAUUGUUGUCUGACAGCAGCUUGCUGAACAAAGGCCACACUGUGUAUUUAGAUCGAUUUUAUUCCAGUCCAGAGCUAUUUCAGCAACUGGCAGAGAAAGGCACUGGAGCUGUUGGUACUGUGAACAAAUCCAGGAAAGGAUUGCCUAAAGAUUUAGUAUCUGCUAAGCUGAAAAAGGGCGAAAUGUCUUUUCGGCGUAAAGAUAAUGUAUUGGCAAUGAAGUGGAAAGAUAAGAGAGAUGUGUAUACAUUGUCUACAAGGCAUCAAGCAACAUUUGGUACGCAUACUAAGAGAAAUGGGUCUGUAGUAUUGAAACCACUUCAGGUACUUGAUUACAACCUCAAUAAAAUUGGAGUGGAUAUUGGAGACCAACGCCUGCAGUACAAUCCGUUCCAGCACAGAACUGUGAAAUGGUGGCGAAAAUUAUAUUUCCAUUUGCUGCUUAUGGGAGUAUCAAAUGCAUUUUGGCUGUACAAUGCAGUGCACAGGAAGAAAAUUACAAUAACAGACUUUAUAACAGUGCUUGCAGUUCAGCUUGUUGAAGACGACACACUUGAAUUCAUUCCAAGAAAUGAAGGAACUGUAGGUCGGCUAACAAAGAGACAUUUUUUGCAGCACAUACCUGCAACUACUAAGAAGUAUGCUGCUCGUGUGUGUCACGUGUGCAGUUCCAGGAGCAAGAAACAGAGUGGCAAGGCUUCUCGCAAAGAGACACGAUACGAAUGUGAACAGUGUGGCGUUGCACUCUGCCUGGAACCUUGCUUUAAAAUUUUCCACACUAAAAAACAAUAUGAUUCUGUGUGA